UAUUAAUCGUCGAAAUACAACAACUCUUAUUAUAUUUUGCUCUACAUAAACUUACCAGUGCUCAUUUUGUUAUAGUUUAUUAGAAUCGUUCGAGUGAGCAACACAAAUACGUAACAAGAGAAAUCACUGACAUAACAAAAAACACAACACAACGCUGCAACGCACAUAAACAAAAAACAUCUGUAGAGAAGAAAGAAAUUGAGGAAAAAAAUUGUAGUCGCCAACAUGCCCCCCCUAACAGAGGAACAAUUGAAAAAAUACUACGAUGUUGCUUUAAACUUGGUCAUGAAAUGUGGACCCCUAAUGCGUGAAGGUUAUUGCAAAACCGAAGCUAAUUUCUUGGUGAAAUCGGCAUUUUAUGAUUUGGUCACCGUCUACGACAAACAAAUUGAAGAUAUACUGAUUAAGGGGUUGCAAGAUGAAUUCCCCGAAUCGAAAAUAAUUGGAGAAGAGGAAUCGGCAGCAAAUAAGCGUACAGCAGAAUUAACAGAUGACCCCACAUGGAUAAUCGAUCCCAUUGAUGGCACAACAAACUUUAUAAAUAAAGUACCAUUGUGUUGCAUUUCUGUUGGUUUGGCGGUGAAUAAGGAGUUGGUGGUGGGCGUCGUUUACAAUCCUAUUAUGAAUGAAAUGUUUUCAGCGCGUAAGGGAUAUGGAGCCUAUUUAAAUGGUGAACGUAUACAUGUUUCGAAAACUACUUCGAUCAAUAAUGCCGUGGUGGCUUUAGAAGUAUCUCUAAUUCAUGAUGCACGAGUAAGAGAUAAAAACGUCAAACGUUUAAGUAAGCUAGCAGCAAAUGCUACUGGUACAAGAGGAAUUGGCAGUGCCGCUGUAACAUUAUGCUUUGUGGCUAGUGGUCGUUUUCAGUGUUUCCAUGUUGAAGAUUUACAACCUUGGGAUAUAGCUGGAGGUGCUGUCAUAUUAACCGAAGCAGGUGGUGUCAUUAAACACACAAGCGGUGCAUCUUUUGAUAUUAUGAAACCUGAUUUGAUAUGCGCUUGCACUGAAGAACUUCUAAAGGAUAUGCAUCACUUGAUUGAGGAAGCAGAUAAUAUAACGGAAUAUCAAAUAAAAUAAAAUCAAACAACAAUCCAAAUUAAAAAAAAAAUAAUAAAAGUACCUUUUAAUGAUGUAAAAAUAAA